GUAGGUACACUAAUAACAUAAUAAUAAACAAGUAUAAAUCACAAAUUUACAUUAAUUAGCAGACAAGUAUAGCUGUAAGUAUGAAUAUUAAGCAUUGCAUGAAUAUACGACACCACGGCCGCCCGCGAAACUCUCCUACGGAUGACGUCAUGCAUAAUAAGACGCUGCGGGGGGAAUGCUUUGUUUACGUGACUAUGAGGCAACCUUUAUUAUCUAUAAACCACGGACUACUACACUGGACUGGAAACGAGACGUUUAUCGCCGUGCCGCUUAGUGUCCGCGAGAGAGGUGUACGAGGGGAAAUCGUACAUGAGCGAAUCUGGCGCCAUCUAUACUUUAAUGAUAAACCAUUUACCAAAUUUAUUCCCGCCAAAUAAAACUACAUAAUAUAUAUUAUAAUAAGCACCACGGACUACUAUUAUGUUCAACCCGAACAUUCCCAACUCUAAAGAGUAAAGACUAGGAUAAUUUAUCAGUCAGCACCAUAAAGAAUAUUGACGAAGUACGUCUUAUUUUUUAAAACAAUUUUGCCCUAAUUUAUUUUUGAAAUGCGUGUAUGUUCAGUUGCUGGGUGUAACAACCAAGAUCGUGAUAUUAAAGUGACACUUUUCAGUGUCACAAAUGCUAAUAAAUCAUCUUGGGACGCUGCAGUACGUAGUUCAAUAAGUAAUCAGGUAAAAGAUCUGAAGUAUGUUUGUUCAGAACAUUUUUUACCUGAAGAUAUUUGUACUACAUAUGCAUUACCAUCAGACGUAAUUGAAGAAUUUGGGCAGAAAAAAGUGUUUAAAUUGAAGAAGGGGGCUAUUCCCUCGUUAUUCAAUCAAAUAGACUCUAAACAAGUACUCUCUCAUGGUAUUGAAUACCAAGCACCAACUCAAUCCUUUAGAAGAGAACUAUUUACAGUAGAAAAUUUAUAUUUUAAGGCCCCCAAAAUUCUUAAAAGAAAUAUUGAUUCUGUUGAUUCAACAUCGAACAAUACAUCAUGCAAACAUAUUUGUUUAGUAGAUAUCAAAAAACAAGCAUUUUUCAAAGAUUUUUUGUUACUUAUUGAUUCUAUAAGUUUGCCACUUGGUUGGACAAGCUAUACCAACAACAACACGGUAGUAUUUUACAAACCAGUUUUCAUAAUUGAACAACUUGUAAUUGAAAAACAAAUCAUAAUCACAAAUGAUGAAGACACACGUUUUUAUAUUUUUAAUAAGAUGAUAGAUCCAAAAAAUGUAGGGUUGCUGCAGAUACAAUUUCCUCUCAAUAUUAAAAAUGUGUUAGAAGUAAUAAAUUAUUUUCAUUGCAAACAAAUUUGUCAAGGAGGACCGAUGGUUAUUAAUUUUCCAGGUAACAGAUUUCUUUUUUUUUUAUAUUAAAAAAACAUAGUGACAAUGAUGUUUGUAUGGUAAU